UCUCUUUCUCUCUCUCUGAAACAGACAUCAAAUGAUGAAAGGAGCAUGUACCCAAACUCUCCUCAGAAUAGGGCCGUUUGGCUUGGCACCUGUCCCCUGCCCCAAACCCUAGGGCGGACUAACGCAAAUCCUUAAAUACCCUUCCUCCCUCCCUUCUUUCACUACCCCCUUCAGGAAAAUUCUUCUCCAAGUUACUGGUUCCAUAUUCCAUAACCAAUCCCCCACUCCGAAUACCACUUUCUCUCACUACUAAUCCUCAUUUCUCCGCUACUUUCUCUCUCUAAAAACUUUCAUUAGCAGAGAUUCCAUUCUUUCCCUCUCCGCAGCUCCAAUCUGCAGCUUGUUGCACUAUAUGCUUCCUAGAAAGAGAACUGUUGAAGGCGAGGCAGUUGACGGAGGCGACGACAAAAUUGAUUUUGGUAGCAGUAGCAGUUGCGAUAGGGAGAGCGUUCUCAAGAAGCUUCGGAUCGAAGGUUCGGUUUCUUCCACGUCGACCGAGAAGACCACUACCAGCGGCGGCGAAGUAAAAAUUAGCGGCUCCGGUGCUGAUUUAGGGAGUUCCAGUAACGGUAAGGACAGCGGUGAACGGUCACUGACUGAGAUGGCCUUUGAUGACGGUAAUCCGCAUGAUAUUGAUGAAGAUCUCCACAGCCGGCAGCUUGCCGUGUAUGGUCGCGAGACCAUGCGGCGGCUUUUCGCCUCGAAUGUUCUUGUCUCCGGGAUGCAAGGCCUCGGUGCUGAAAUUGCAAAGAACCUUAUACUUGCUGGUGUGAAGUCUGUGACGUUACAUGAUGAAGGAUCAGUGGAUUUGUGGGAUCUGUCCAGCAAUUUUGUUUUUACAGAGAAUGAUAUCGGUAAAAACAGGGCACUUGCUUCUGUUCAAAAGCUACAGGAGCUUAACAAUGCUGUAGUAGUUACGGCUCUUUCAACUCAAUUGACUAAAGAACAACUUUCUGAUUUCCAGGCUGUAGUUUUUACUGAUAUCAGCUUAGACAAGGCAAUUGAAUUCAAUGAUUUUUGUCACAACCAUCAACCUCCUAUUGCUUUUAUAAAGACUGAAGUGCGAGGCCUUUUUGGCAAUGUGUUCUGUGAUUUUGGCCCUGAGUUCACUGUGGUUGAUGUUGAUGGUGAGGAGCCUCAUACUGGUAUUAUUGCCUCUAUCAGCAAUGAUAAUCCAGCUAUGGUGUCAUGUGUGGACGAUGAAAGGCUUGAGUUUCAGGAUGGGGAUCUUGUUGUGUUCUCAGAAAUUAAAGGCAUGACAGAACUUAAUGAUGGAAAGCCAAGAAAGAUAAAAAGUACAAGGCCUUAUUCAUUCAUCCUUGAGGAGGAUACUACUAAUUUUGGUCCAUAUGAGAGAGGUGGCAUUGUAACUCAGGUGAAGCAACCCAAGAUUUUGAACUUCAAACCACUGAGAGAAGCACUAAAAGAUCCUGGUGAUUUUCUUCUUAGUGAUUUCUCCAAGUUUGAUCGCCCGCCUCUUUUGCAUUUGGCCUUUAUAGCACUAGACAAGUUUGUGGCUGGGCAUGGACGCCUCCCUGUUGCAGGUUCAGAGGAGGAUGCUAAUAAGCUUAUAUCUAUUGCCAGAGACUUAAAUGAAGCACUAGGGGAUGGGAAACUGGAAGAUAUCAACCCAAAACUUUUGCAGCAUUUUGCCUUUGGUGCCCGAGCUGUUCUGAAUCCCAUGGCUGCCAUGUUUGGUGGUAUUGUUGGUCAGGAGGUUGUCAAGGCAUGCUCUGGAAAGUUUCAUCCUCUUUUGCAGUUCUUCUACUUUGACUCUGUUGAGUCUCUUCCCACUGAGCCAUUGGAAGCUAGUGAUUUCAAGCCAUUGAACACUCGUUAUGAUGCCCAGAUUUCAGUUUUUGGUGCUAAACUCCAGAAAAAGCUAGAAGAUGCUAAAGUUUUUGUUGUAGGUUCUGGUGCACUGGGUUGUGAAUUCCUCAAGAAUUUGGCUCUAAUGGGAGUUUCUUGCGGCAGUGAUGGGAAGUUAACAGUCACAGAUGAUGAUGUUAUAGAGAAGAGUAACCUUAGUAGGCAAUUCUUGUUCCGCGACUGGAACAUUGGCCAGGCCAAAUCAACCGUUGCCGCUUCAUCUGCUGCAUCAAUAAAUCCUCGCCUUCACAUUGAAGCAUUGCAGAAUCGUGUUGGCCCUGAGACAGAGAAUGUGUUUGAUGACACCUUUUGGGAGAACUUGACUCUUGUUAUUAAUGCCCUUGACAAUGUCAAUGCCAGGCUUUAUGUUGAUCAGAGAUGUUUGUAUUUCCAGAAGCCACUUCUAGAGUCUGGUACUCUUGGUGCCAAGUGCAAUACUCAAAUGGUCAUUCCCCACUUGACUGAGAACUAUGGUGCAUCAAGAGAUCCUCCGGAGAAACAGGCACCUAUGUGCACUGUGCAUUCAUUCCCCCACAACAUUGACCAUUGCUUGACCUGGGCCAGAUCAGAGUUUGAGGGCCUGCUUGAAAAAACACCAGCCGAGGUGAAUGCUUACCUUUCAAAUCCAAGUGAAUAUACAUCUGCAAUGAGAAAUGCUGGUGAUGCGCAGGCCAGGGACAAUUUGGAACGUGUUAUUGAGUGCCUCAACAGGGAAAGAUGUGAAACAUUCCAAGAUUGUAUUACAUGGGCUAGACUCAAGUUUGAAGAUUAUUUUUCCAACCGUGUGAAACAGUUGAUUUUUACUUUCCCUGAAGAUGCUGCAACCAGUACUGGAGCACCAUUCUGGUCAGCCCCCAAACGGUUCCCUCAACCCCUCCAGUUCUCUGAUGCUGAUCCAAGUCAUCUCCACUUCAUCAUGGCAGCAUCCAUACUGCGUGCUGAGACAUUUGGUAUUCCUGUCCCUGACUGGGCCCAGAACCCAAAGAAACUGGCUGAAGCUGUAAACAAAGUCAUGGUUCCCGACUUUCAGCCAAAGAAAGAUGUGAAAAUUGUGACAGAUGAAAAGGCUACAAGUCUCUCUACUGCUUCAAUAGAUGACGCUGCUGUCAUCAAUGAAUUAAUAAUGAAGCUGGAGCAUUUUCGGAAGAACCUAACUCCAGGAUAUAGGAUGAAACCAAUUCAGUUUGAGAAGGAUGACGAUACAAAUUAUCAUAUGGAUGUGAUAGCAGCACUGGCUAACAUGAGAGCAAGAAAUUACUCUAUACCUGAAGUUGACAAGCUGAAAGCCAAAUUCAUCGCUGGAAGGAUUAUUCCUGCAAUUGCCACGUCCACUGCAAUGGCUACUGGAUUAGUUUGCCUUGAGCUCUACAAGGUGCUAGAUGGGGGACACAAGAUAGAGGAUUAUCGCAACACGUAUGCUACUUUAGCUCUGCCGUUCUUCUCCAUGUCUGAACCGGUUCAGCCAAAGGUUAUCAAGCAUCAGGACAUGAGCUGGACUGUUUGGGACAGGUGGAUAAUAAAGGACAAUCCUACUUUGAGGGAACUGCUUAAAUGGCUUGCUGACAAAGGCCUAAAUGCUUAUAGCAUCUCGUGUGGAAGUUGCUUGCUCUAUAACAGCAUGUUCCCUAGGCAUAAAGAACGAAUGGACAAGAAGGUAGUGGAUCUGGCAAGGGAGGUGGCCAAGGUGGAGAUUCCAGCAUAUCGCCGUCACUUGGAUGUUGUAGUAGCUUGCGAGGAUGAUGAAGAUAAUGACAUUGACAUCCCUCUCAUGUCCAUUUACUUUCGUUAGGACUACUUGUUUUAAGCAAAUGUAAUUCCUGUCUACUGAUGAAUCAGUCAGCUGCAUGUACAAGUAUUUUCCAACUUUCAUGCAUAAAAUACAGAAUGAGAUGUUACAGCUGGGACACUUGAGCUGCGCACC